UUUGGCUGGACGCUCGGUGGACGCUGAUUGGCUGGCAGGGGCCGUGGGCGUUCCGAGGCGGUUCUGACGGGAGUUUGCCUCAGGUUGCAAGUUUUGAGCUGGGUUUGUUCGGCACCGGAAACCGGGAGUUUUCAUAUUAAAUCACAAGAUGUCAAAGGCUCAGUUUACGAAUCCAGAAACCCCUGGAUAUGUUGGAUUUGCUAAUCUCCCAAAUCAGGUUCACCGAAAAUCUGUGAGAAAAGGAUUCGAGUUUACUUUGAUGGUUGUAGGUGAAUCUGGUUUGGGCAAGUCUACUCUGAUUAACAGCCUUUUCUUGACGGAUUUGUAUCCUGAACGCAUAGUGCCUGGUGCAUCUGAUAAAAUUGAACGUACAGUGGAAAUUGAAGCAUCUACAGUAGAGAUAGAGGAAAGAGGUGUGAAGUUGCGUCUUACUGUGGUUGACACACCAGGCUACGGCGAUGCAAUGAACUGUGAAGACUGUUUCAAGCCGAUCAUUCACUAUGUGGAUGACCAGUUUGAGCGAUACCUUCAUGAUGAGAGUGGUCUGAACCGACGACACAUUGUGGAUAAUCGUGUCCACUGCUGCUUCUACUUCAUCUCUCCCUUUGGUCAUGGUUUAAAACCCCUUGAUGUCCAAUUCAUGAAGGCUUUACACAACCGGGUGAAUAUUGUUCCAGUGAUUGCCAAAGCAGAUACUUUAACUCUGAAGGAACGUGAAAGACUCAAGAGAAGAGUCUUGGAUGAGAUUGAAGAACAUGGAAUAAAAAUUUAUCAGCUCCCAGAUGCAGAAUCAGAUGAAGAUGAAGAUUUCAAGGAACAGACAAGACUUUUAAAGGCCAGUAUUCCCUUCUCUGUUGUUGGUUCCAAUCAGCUUAUUGAGGCCAAAGGUAAAAAGGUUAGAGGUCGGCUGUAUCCAUGGGGAGUGGUUGAAGUGGAAAACCCAGAACAUAAUGACUUCCUGAAGUUGAGGACAAUGCUGAUCACCCACAUGCAGGAUCUGCAAGAGGUGACUCAAGAUCUGCAUUAUGAGAAUUUCCGCUCAGAGAGACUCAAAAGAGGAGGCGCUAGCAAAGUUGAGAAUGUGGAAGUCUCAAAGGACCAGAUACUGCUGGAGAAGGAAGCAGAGCUUCGACGCAUGCAGGAAAUGAUUGCAAGAAUGCAGGCUCAAAUGCAGAUCCAGAGACAGGGAGGAGAAGAACACGUGUAAUGGUCUACAAGCAUAGAAUAUGGAACGAGCAGUGCUGCCUUGGGAGAUUUACUUGUGCCCAUUGUACAGUCCACAUACUGACAAAUAUUACACACACUUUUUUUUCAUUUUUUUUAAAUACUUUUUCAAGGAUUAUUGUGUCGUCGUAUAGUUAUGUGACAAUAGACUAGAAGCAUCUAUAAUCUCUUGAGAACCUUGUUACUUAGAAUUCUGUUACAUUAUAUAAUCACUUACUGUUACAUAUUAGAAAAUUGAACUGAUCCUUCAGUACAUUUCUUGACAAACUUGACAUCUUUUCUGUGUCACCUAUGUCAUCAGUCAGCAGCAUUACGCCACUCACAUUAACAACCGUCUUUGGGAACAUUACAUUUUUUAAAGAAAUUCAGUGCUCACACAACUGGGCUGUCGUAGCUACAUUCUAGUAGUGCCGUUAUGAAACUCUAGAGCAGUGGUCUUCAACCUGCGGACCUCCAGAUGUUGCAAAACUACAACUCCCAGCAUGCUCGGACAGGCGUUGGCUCUCCGAGCAUGCUGGGAGUUGUAGUUUUGCAACAUCUGGAGGUCCGCAGGUUGAAGAUCACUGCUCUAGAGAAUUGUUCUUGCAGAAGUAGGUGAAAUCUUGCUUCGUAUCAAAGGGAGAUACCACUAUGAAUACUGUAUUAACUAUAACCCAGAAAUGCUAAACUGUAUUGAAGAGUCUGACCUUAUACUACCAGUUGUUGAGGAACACUUCCUUAUACCACUCCACUUCCUUAUACCUUUGAGGCCUAUAAACUUUAGGACUUAUUAACAAGAUAUAAAGAAGUUAACAGUUCAUUACCAUUCAGAUUCCUUUGCUGAUCUUUCUAGCUUCCAACAGCACCCAGGUCUUCUUUUUGGAACAGAUGUCAUGUGACUGCUGCAGCUACUGCCUCAUUGGUCACAUAACAUACCCUAGACAUCAUGGUUUCUAUCACUGAGCAGUAAGGCACGUGAUAGCUGAGGCGGUCAUAUGACAUCCCCUCCAAAAACAAUCAGGGUGCUGAUGGGAGCCUGAACGUGGGAUCAGAAAGGCGAAUAACAGCUUGUUGUUUUAAUGCAUUCAGGGUCAUUUUAAAAAAACUACAACUAGAUUACACCUUUAUGUGGGACUUAAAUUAAAUCUGGCCAUAAGCUUAGAAGGGUUAGUACCAAUUUCUGUUUCAGGGCAUGUUCACACAUUUCACAGAUUUCUAAUGGCGCAUGCAUGCAUACAUACAGGGCCAUAUCGGUGUGUGUGUGUGGUUAAUUAGAAGUGAAUGGAGUCAAUUUGUAAUACCACAUACAACCUGAGGACAAGUGUGGUGCUAUUUAUGGAAGAAAUUAGCUCUGUUUUUCUGUUCCUGGGUAAGACUCCGCAUACACAUUCAUGUUUCGCACUGCUGAGCAUAUGUGUUUUCAUUGGGGAGAAGGGACUAUGCCACUGCCAGGCACCUUUUGGUGACAGCUUAUCUACCAUUAGAGAAAAGAACUGAACAUUUUAAAAAUCAACAUGUCCAAUCUUUUUUUUCCUCAAAAGAGAAGAGUUGACCCCCCCCCCCCCAAAUAUGCAUAAGAUAGUUGGUUUAAUCUAGGCAUAUGGGCACCUUUAAUGUAUGUGUGAAGGAGCCAGACAUCUCUCGAACCACUGUUGGUUUUUAAACAACUGGUGUCAAAAAAAUAAACAGAUUUGUAGAUUACGUCUAUUUAAAAAUCUGAAUCCUUCCAGUACUUAUCAGAUGCUAUAUGCUCCACAGGGAGAUCUUUUCUUUUUUAAUUUCCUCUCUGUCUGACCACAGUGCUCUCUGGUGACAUCUCGGUCCAUGUCGGGAACAUUCCAGAGAAGGAUAGGUUUGCUAUGGUGAUUCGCUCCUGCUCUGGACAGUUCCUAAAAUGGACAAAGGUGUCCUGUGAAACAUAUAGUAGCUGAUAAGUACUGGAAGGAUUAAGAUUUUGAAAUAGAAGUUAUUUUCAAAUAUGUUUAACUUUCUGGUACCAGUUGAUUUAAAGGGGUAAUCCGGUGGAAAACAAAUAAAAAUAAAAAAAAAUAAAAAGUUUUUCACCCGAGUACCCCUUUAAAAAAAAAAGUUUUCCAGUGGAGUACCCCUUUAAGGGUAUCUGGUGAGCCCUGUUUACAAGUUAUAUUGGCAUAUCGUGCUGAAGAUGGCAGUAUAAUGUUAAGCUUUCUACUGCAAUUUUUUUACAGACUUUUUCCAUUUAAAAAAUUCUCAAUGCUGUGAUUUACAAACAUUUUACAAUUGUCCUUAUGCAUUUCCUAGAUUUUUGUUACCUGGUGGCACUAAGGUGUAUACACAGAUUAUGAAAGCUAAAAUAAAAUUGCCGUUCACUCAGUUAUUUAAAGCUUUUACAGGAUAUAUCAGUAAUUAAAAAGCAUUUUUUUAUAUAUAUAUUAUUGCACUGUAUCUAUUAUGGAGUAAAAAUGGGUCUUUCUCAAAAAUUUUGCUUUGUUUCUCUUCUGUAGGCUGCAUGUUUUCACAUAAAGUGCAGACUACUCUUCAUUUUAUAUGAAGCCUUUCAGGGGAGCUACCUGAUGGCUCAGUCUCCAGCCCUGCUCUACUGUUCUGAACAAUCUUUUAGCCGAUUUAAGGCAAGGUCGAAAGUUGACUCAACUGUCGGGCAGCUCCUCUGAUGGACUUCAUUCUGUAGAGACAAAGCAGCUUGUACUAACUGUGAAAUCCUGCUAGUCAGCUAAGAAGGUGUACUAACUCUGCUGUUAUUUCUCCACAAUCUUCUGUUCAGGAGUUUAGUAUUAUAUUGAACUAGUGUUUAAUAGGACACUGAUCCAUAGGUGAAUGGUUUGUUUUGUGCCUUAGGUAAUUCGUUCAAUGGUUUGAUAUUUUCUGUUGCAAGUGUUUUUUACUUUUUAUAUAUUAUUUCAACAUAAUGUUUGUUUCCCUUUUAAUAUUUGCAUAUAUUAAAUAAAGCUACCCUGAGGGCAGAUAAAGGGCUUUGCGAUU